CCUGUAAAACCCGUUAAUUUUGGGAGGGCUGUUUUUUUUUAAAAAAAAAACUUCAGCUACAGGAAGUUCCUGUUCCAAAAUGUGAACGUUUGAAGCGGAAGCACUUCAUACCGUGGAACGAACAUUUUAGGUAAAACUCUUCUUUUCAUACGGAGGAUUUUACCUGAGCAGCAACAAGUUCCUGUCGAAUAUUCAUUCACUUGAAACCUUGACACGGGAAGUCAGCUUGACGUGUUCUCAUCUGUGACUCUGUGUGUCCACACAAAGAGAAAUCUUCAAACAUUUUUGAUAGGAAACCUUGGAUUUACGAGCAGUUUUAAAUGGCACAAGAGCCCAAUGGAUUUGUGUGCAAUGGUCUGCCUUCUUCACCCGAUGAAAAUGAAUUACCUUCUGGCUUUCCACAAAAUAUUUGUGAUGAUGUACCGGAUGGGAAAUACCUGUGCAGCUUUUGUAAAAACAUCUUGAAGAAAGCAUACCAAACAUUGUGCGGACAUCGGUACUGCUGGGCCUGUGUCGAGUGGAUUGUCAAAUACAAUAAAACUCCAAUCUGCCAAAAAUGUAAGGAAGAUGAACCUCAGAGUAUAAAUGAAGAUAGCAUUUUGGGCUUGGGAAAGAUUUUCAGUGAUGCUGCAGUAUCUAAGGAGAUCUUAGAUUUGAAAGUACAUUGUAUCAAUCCUGGAUGUACCUGGAAAAGCGUAAUGAAGAACUAUGAGGAUCAUGUAGCACGGUGUGAAUUUUCACUGAUCCCUUGCAGUACAGGUUGUGGAUUGAUGGUUUUAAGGAAGAAACUGGCAGAUCAUUUGGAAAAAGAAUGUAAAAACAAUAUGACGGAAUGUCAGCAGUGUGGUGUGAAGAUGUUUAUGAAGGAUUUGCAGCAGAACAAGCAUGUCUGUGAGGAAGCUCCUGUUAAAGAGAAGAAACCAUUUAAAAUUGAGUCAGCAAACAAAGAAAAGUCUCGCCCUCCUGGAGGAAACCGAACCCGUGACAGCUGUCGUUUUGCAGAAUUAGGAUGCAAUUUCCGGGGUGGCAAAGAGCGUCUCAAAGAUCACGAAAACUCUUCAGUUGUUGCACAUCUUGCGUUAGUACUUCAGUUUGCCAAUGCUCUGAAAACCAGCUUCCCGCAAGAUCCCAGCAUUGCUAAUGGUGGUAGUGAUGAUGCAUCAGUAGUUGCCCUCCCAUCAAUGAUUGCCGAACUACAGUUCAAAGUCCAACAGCUGGAGAAGAAUGUGUUGUCCUUGUUCUCAGAAGGUUCCCUAGCCUCUUUGCACACCCAGGUUGCUGUGGAAUCAAACGGUGACUUAGAAACUGAUCAUUUUGAAGGAGCUCCCUGUUCUUGCGGGAUUUCAGAUUUGCAGACAGCACCAUAUUCUGCUCAGACAUUGGCAGAGUGUCAAAGUAAAGUUGAUGCUCUUGAACGGAAAAUUCAGACUUUUGAAAAUAUUGUGACUGUUUUAAACCGAGAAGUCGAAAAAACCCAAACUACUAUGGUUGCAUUUGAGAGGCAAAGCAAGAUUGACCAGGAUGCCAUUAAAGCCUUGGAGCGUAAGGUUUCAGAUCAGCAGCAUCUCCUUGCUUUGAAAGACGUGAUCAUCAAUGAAUUCCGUUUGCAAAUGCUUGCUUUGGAGCAGAUCUCUUAUGAGGGAUUAUUGCUGUGGAAAAUUACUGAUGUCAGUAGAAAGCGCCAGGAAGCCAUUUCAGGGCGCAUAACAAGCCUUUCCUCUUCAGCAUUCUAUACCAGCAAAUAUGGGUAUAAGGUGUGUAUGCGAAUGUAUUUAAAUGGAGAUGGAACUGGACGAGGAACUCAUAUCUCUUUGUUCUUUGUUGUAAUGAGAGGCGAAUAUGAUGCCUUGCUACAUUGGCCAUUUAAGCAAAAGGUCACCUUCAUGCUUCUGGACCAGAACAACCGGGAACACUUAAUUGAUGCCUUUCGUCCAGAUGUUAAUUCCUCCUCAUUUCAAAGGCCAGUGAACGAGAUGAAUAUUGCCAGUGGCUGUCCUAUGUUUUUCCCAUUGUCCAAACUUGACUCUCCUAAACAUGCCUAUGUGAAAGAUGACACCUUGUUCAUUAAAUGUAUUAUAGAUGCCACCACUUAACUGGAAGUAGGGGUGAAACCCUGCAAAAAUUAGUCUGCAUUAUUGCUGCUUUGUUUUAUACUCUGAAAAAUGCCUCAAAUUAUGCCGAGUAUCAUGCUUACUUUUUGUUUACAGAAAAAAGUAGCAAAUAUAGGACUAUAUCUCCAAUAGGUAUCUCUGUUCAAAGUGAACUGUGUGAUCUAACCUGAUCUUAUAAGCGACUUCUUGUUAAAAUUGCAGUCUAGUAUGUAAAUAUUUCCUUCCUCUUUGGAAAUGAGAAAUCAGGGUAAUUGAUUCAGAAUUAUACAUCUAUAACUAUUCAUUUUCAGCGCUGCUGGAAAGGAAAACUUCUGCAUCACAUGACAGGUUCUUGCAGCUUUUUGCUUGAAUAUGAAGACCAUUGGGAUCUGGAAGGCAUUCAUUACUUUGUCCUCAAGCACUGGGUGACAGCUACACAUGCAAUUUUAAUUUGCCCAUCAAUGGGUGCGCAUUGCUGCUAUGCCUGGCUUAUCUGUUGGCAGUGAUUAUUAGUAUGAAUUCAGGGAAAGGCUAAUGGGUCUAAAUGUCACUAUGGAAAGAAUGCUUGAAAGAAAUGUCCAUUUAUUGCAGGAAAUUAAGGUAAAUUUAAAAUGAAUGGCAGCUAAAGAAAGUAUUUACCUAGUUAAUUUUUAAUGAUACUUGCAUUACUACCCCAUUAAUCUGGCCAAUAUUUGUAAGUCUUUACCUCUAUUUUAAUCAAUAGAAGCUGUUCCAUGGAAAUUUUUUGUUGCUUUUCACUCAAAGUCAGAGUCAGUUUCAAUUCAUUGGGGUGAUAGAAUGUUUCACUGUUUUGGUAUGGGCCCCGAUGACCAUGAGUUCACAAUACAAUAUGUCAUUUUGAUUUAGUUCUCUAGUUAAGGGAAAUUGUAAAACAGAAGUCGAAAGUAACACAGUAGAGAUUUGAAGGACAAAAGAAAUAGGAGCAGGAGUGCCCAUGUGACCCCUGAAGCUUGCUUCACCAAUCAGUAAGACCACGACUAAUCUUCUAACUCAGCUCCACAUUCCUGCCCUAUCCUGUAUCCCUUGAUUCCCUUUUUGUUCAAAAAUUUAUGAAUCUCAAUCUUGAAUAUACUCAACCCCUGAGCACGUACUGCCUUCUGGAGUAGAGAAUUCAAAAGAUUUCCAACCCUCUUGAGUGAAGAAAUUUCUCCUCAUUUCAGUCUGGGGUGCCCUAACCCUUAUCCUGAGGUGAUAACCACUAACUCUUAGACAGAGGAAACAGCCUCUCAGCUUUGAAGCUAAGAAUUUUAUAUGUUUCAAUGAGAUCAAUUCUCAUUCUUCUAAACUCCAGUGAAUAUUGGGCUAUUCUAUGCAAUCUCUCCUCAUGGACAAUUCUCUCACACCAGGAAUCAAUCUAAUGAACCUUCGUUGCACCCCUCUAACAUGAAUAGAUCCUUCUGUGGAUAAGGAGACCAAAACUGGUCCAAAGAUAUAGAUAUCAAUGUAUAUCAAUUAAGUAAUAGACUGCCAUGACCAUACCACAUGUACAAAACAUACACUUUAGAAAGCACUUAUUUAAAACUGGUCUUUGCUAAUGAAGAUCAUUUAAUAUGUCUCUUUCAUUCAAUAUGAGUUGGGUUCUUCUGGAUAUUUGAAGAAAGAUCAUCUACUUUUAUUGUAUUUUCUUGUACUCUUAUUUCUCCAAUUCCACCCCCUCCUCAUUAUCUGUUACCAGUUUCCCAGUUGCUUUUACCAUUUGCUUCCUACAUAACACUAGUAUUAAUUGUGGAUCGACUGUUGUCAUAUGUAAUUUUUUAAAUCUAUAAGAUGUUAAUUGAGAGGGAGAGACUUCAGAAAUUUGUUCAACAAAACUACAUAAUGGUCAAAAUUUUGAAUUACAUUGUUACAGUUAAAGUGAUUUGCAAUGUUAAAUGUUGACAAAGUUUGAACAAUAAUUGUGGCAACAUGGCUUAAGAUUUGUGGUUAGGAAAUUUGUACAGGUUUAAGUUUCUUGCUAUAUUUUUGAACACUAUUGAAACUGUAUUUUGCUCCUCUAUCUUUUGAUUUUGUUUAUGCUAAAUGUUGAGCUUUUAACACUUACAAAUUCUCCUUAACUGAGAACAAAUUUUGCAUUGUAGUAAUGUGAUGGCCAUGUAAUUCUGUAGUAACACAUUGGAAAUUUGUUAGGAGUGGCACUUAUUUGUUAACAAUUUCUUAUAGGAAUAACUGUUGAACAAACCAGCUCUGCCUACAGAACAGGAUUCAUUUAGUCAGUACCAACUAUAAUUUAAGUUGUAUGUCGUGUAGGCCAACAGCAUAGUAUAAUUGGCUUGCCUAACAGCACAGUGAAAAAGAAGCGGGUGGUAAGGCAGAUUAAAUCAGCUAAAACUGCCCAGAAAUUUUAAUCAUUCUCAAGCUAAUAAUUCAAUUUGAGUUGAAUCCUUAAAUUUUUCUUUUUUUUUGUCCUGGCUGCCGCUACCUCCACGAGGUGCAGGAUGGGCAAUGUACUGAAUCUAAAUGUGUAGUUUACAUAGGAACAUAGGAACAGGAGUUGGCCAUUCAGCUCUGCAAGCCUAUUCCAUCAUUCAUUUAGAUCAUGGCUGAUCUGUACCUUCACUCCAGUUACCAGUCUGAUAGUGUGACUAAACACACAGCAUAUUAUAAAUCUUAGCUUUCUUUGCGAUUAUAGCACUGCAGCAUGAAACCAUCAAUCAAGUAAGAUUGCUAGUCUUCAAUAUUAUUGUGCAUGUAGUUUCUAUAAAACAUACCACCUUGAGAUUCAGUAUAGCAAACAGCGGUAACUAUAUUUGCGUGGUAUCGACCUGCCAGAAUAAGCCCAACUGUACCUUUACUUGAUUUUUGUUUGUGUGUGAAUGAGCUGCAUCUGACUGCAUUCCUUCUGAACAUGGCUAACUCCUUAGCCAAACACAAGACAAGUUUGAAGAAAUUGGCUUACAGAAACUGAGGAAAGUAAAUAGCCUUACAAGAAAUGUGAAGAAACUAACAAGACACUAGAUGCAGAACAUUAUCUACUAUCUAUAAAUGCAUACGCUUCAAGAAACAAAAUGUUUGCCCCCCCCUCUUGCUUGUAUCACAGUUGUGACUUUGCUUGCAUAACACCACUUGUUGGUUUUGUAAAUUAAAUUCUGCAAGGAACCGGUAUAGAGCAUUUGAUUUGAGGACCAAUAUUUACAUACAAGUUGUAAUGUGAGGAGCAUUUUUUUGAGUGCACUGGUAUUCGAGAUAUGGUUCAAUGACUUGUUGAUUGAUAUUGAGACUCUAGAAUUUUGUCACUUCACAAAAAUUGCACAAGAAAUCAAGAUAUGUACUUCAGAGCAGUUUAAUUCAUUCUAUGUGAAUUUUAUUGUUGGGCAGCAUAAAACAGUGUGUUCCUUUGUUAAGAUAUCUAAAUAUUUUUGCAUAUAGAAAUCGUUACUUCCUGAAUCCCCAUAGACAGUUGCAUAAAUGAAUAUGUAUAAUUACUUCCCUAACAGACUUCACUUUGUGUGGUCCAUAUUAUAGAGGAGCUGAUGCAAACGAAGCUUCCUAUCUCUACUGCAUUAAAUAUUUUUCUUCAUCACCCUGUAAGUAUUUGAAAAUGCAACUUUACAAAUGGAAGGCAAGCCAUUUUAGCAGCAGUAGGAUAAAUCGUGUGUACAAUAACCUGUUUUUUCAGUAAAGCAGUAUAUAUAAAAAAAAGCUAACUGAUGCCAAAAACUGUUCAUAAAGAACCCUGAGUUAAGCUUAAGACAGGUAUCUGUCUAUAUUUAUAUUUAUACCUGUAUGUUGACCAAAAAGAUUAAAGCCUUUUAACUUGUAUCCAAGCUGAAAAAUCAGAUUGCUAGGCAUGAAGUAGUGGCUGUUCGGGCACUUAGCCACUCCUUAAUGCCUAGCAGUCUGACUUUAAUCUGUCUUAAACUUAACUCGGGGUUCUUUAUGAAAAAUUACUAUAGUUAGUUAACACUUCAUUGAUGCUGGAUACCAGUUAUACAUUCUUGUUAAUAUAAAGUAAGAGGGGCCUCUGGUGUACAUUCAAGGAAAUGCACAGCAUUUACGCAUGGGAGUGUAUUUAGUUCCUGUUAAUAUAUUAGUGCAUUUGAACAUGGCAUAUCUGUUUUCAAAAGACAUAUGUAAUCUAAAGUAAAAAGCUUUACUCUAGAUCUAGAUAGCAUAAAUUUGAGUGUUAAGUACUUAACAAAACCAAAUUUAUUUCAUGCUAAUAAAGUAGUUUGCUGAAUUUCCACAAGAUUUAUCUAUCUAAUGUCAUUAAAUUUUGUACUGAUUAGGGGUCUGCAUUUUAGAAUAUUUCUAAGUUAUCUGUGUAUAUUGUAGCACUAAUGAACAUAAAAGCAAAAAAACUUUUAUUUUCUGGAUGCAGGUGAGGCUGGCAAGGCUGACAUUUGUUCUCCUAAGAAAGUAUUGGUGGGCUCCCAACUUGAAUGGCUGCAAUUUGUGUGGUGUGGGUGCUCUAAAUUUGUUUAGAUAGUGAGUUUCAGGGUAAUAGUUCGACAUAACUGUCCAGCUAAUAAUUAACAGACUUGCUAGGCCAUCUCAGAAGGUGUUGGUGUGGGUUACGAGUUCCAUAUAGGCCAGUUGGCAGGCUUAUAUGGAAAUUCACAAUCUUUAGAUGAUUAAUUAUUAGUUCAGUAACAUAACCAAUACGUUACCAUAUCCACCCUGUUGACUGUGACCAUAGUACAGAAUCUCUCCCCAUCCUCUUGACCUGUUUGUAGCGAUCGGACAUGGCUGACUACGCCAACCGUCUUCAACACCUCUCCUCCAUUGUCAACUGAGUGCGUCUAUCCUCAGCUGAUUGAAUAUGAUUGGAUAGGUAAAAGUGCAGAGAAUCUCCACCUCACCACAUUACCUCUGGGGUUGUCCAAGAAUCUGUCCUUGGUCUUCCUACAUCUUAUCUACAUGCUGCCUCUCAAUGAAAUCAUCCAAACCACAUAACAGGUUCCAAUAUACACUGAUGAUACCCAGUUCUACCUCUCCACCAUCUUCCUCUUGACUGCUGCACUAUCUAUGUUGUCAGACUGCUUGUCAUAUCUGACCCGGAUGAGCCAAAAUGUACUGUUAAAUACUGAGAGGACCAAAGCCAUUGUCUUUUGCCUUCACCGCAAACUUUGUUAGCUCUUCACCGAUUCUAUUUCUCAUUCACCACCCCCAUCCAUGGCCAGUGUCUCAGGUUUCACCAAACUGUUCACAACCUCGCAUCCUAUUUGUUCCCAAGUUUUGCUCUCAACUCUACUUCCUCCAUCUCAAAAACCACUUUCCAUAGAUCCACCUCUGUAACAUUGCUUUUCUCAGCCCCUGCCUCAGGAAAUCUGCUGCUAACCCCAUAAAACUUGACUGUUACUUUGUUCACUUGGCCAGCCUUGUAUUCUGUACACUCCACAAUUUCAGCUCAACCACAACUUUGUUUCUGGAUCCUUUACUGCACCCAUCUGCUCACUUACCUACAUUAGCCUCCGGUCCCCCAGCACCUCAAAUUUAAAACUCUUACCCUUUUGUUUAAUUCCCUUCGUGAACUCUCCACAUCUUUCUUUAAUUUUCACCAACCCUACCAUCCUCCAAGAACUACGCAUUCCUCCAGCUCUGGCCUCGUGCAUUUCCCACUCUUCAUUCCAGCAUUGAUGACUGUGGCUUCAGCUGUCUGGACUCAAAGAUCUGAAAUUCCCUCCGUAAACCUCUGCCACUCCUUGUUUCAGACCAUCCUCUUUGACCAAGUUGUUAGCCACCUUUACUUUGUGUUGAUUUUUGUCAUGAUUCUGUGAAACACCUUUGAAUAUUUUUCUACAAUAAAGGUGUUCGUUAAAUGAAGGUUCUUGUUUUUGAACCUUUUUGGAAAAAAUAAGUAAUUUUGUAAAUACUCAACUUGUUUGGAAAUGAAUGCUUUUUGUUCAACUUUUCAUAUUUGUUUAUAUAAGGUGAUGAUUUGAUAUUUGUUAUUGUUCGCAAUGGUUAAUGUUUGCAGGAUCUAUUUUAAACAUUUUUUUUGUACAUGUAUGAACAAUGGAAGGAUGUUACAGCCACUUUUAGUGUUGCUUUAGCAUUAAAAAUGAAUAUGGCGAGAGGGUCAAGAACUCCUAUUAUUGAAAAAUAACUGAAAUAGUGCAGAGUUGAGAUAUAUGCUCUUGCCUUUUCCAUGGCCUUCCCCAGCUAUUUUUUCCCCUCACUCCCUCUCCUGGGGGAAGUGACUUAAGCUAAGAUGCUAAUCCAUGGGCACAGGUAGUCCUUUGUAUCUUGCUAAAUGGAUCAUUGUUCAAGUGAGACGAUUCAGCCUGCUCCUUGAUGUGUUGUUAAUGUAUUUGAAUAGUGGAAUGUUAAGCUUUGACCAAUUGUACCUGUUCUGGGCAACUCAUUUCAAACAUUAAAACAAUAAAUGCA